GGGGCUGGUCUUGCCCCACCGCCUUCCCAUGUGCGCGGUCAUUUGCUCCCUCAUAGGCUACGAGACGGGCGCGGCCGUGGGGGAGCUUUUCCUCGGCGACGCCGGAGAAAUCGAAGAUGUCCAUCCCUCCCUCAGGCGCCGCACUACAGUUUGAAGGCCCCUGCCGAGAGAGCGUCUUUCCCGAAUCAAGAUGAUGUCCCAGCAUGCGCUGCCCAUGAUGCUGGGGGUGCUCGGGUCCUUAGUGGGAGAGUACGUGGGGUGCGUGCUAGACAAGGGCCUGGCAACUGCUGCGACGUCGGUGUUGGACGUGGUGAAAGAAACGUUGGCUGGAGAACAAAUGGAAAAUCCAUGGGGCGCUUUCUUUCCGGAUGUGUUUGCAUUUGAUUUCCCAUGAGAAGGACUGAACAAAAUGCCUCUACAAGUGGAGCGACAACGUAAUUCAUUUUGUAGGGCUUUUGUCCUUUUUUAGAUAUUGAACGUUUCAGGUUCAUUUUUGCCUUCUGUUCGAUUCCAAUACGUGGUUAUCCUUUAAAAUGAAAUUCCUUUUCUUCUUGCAGCCUUGUGUGAAAUUGUUUUGAAUAUGAAUAAAAAUCGUAAAAAUCGC